AUGACAAACCACCAAACCUCAUACAACAUAGCGAUCAUCUUGUUCGCGACGCUCGGCAGCCUGACGUAUGGAUACUCUACAUCCAUCAUCGCGACGACCCUUGGGCAGCCGACUUUCAAACAGUAUUUUGAUCUUCUCGAUGCCGCCUCCUCGUCAGCCAUUACUGGCGGUCUGAAUGGACUGUACCAAGCUGGUGGUCUGUUUGGCGUCCUCUCCACCGCUUGGGCGUCUGACCGGUAUGGCCGCAAGGUGUCGAUUGGGGCCUAUUCCAUCAUCAGCAUCUUAGGUGGCGCUUUGCAAGCCGGCUCGGUUCACAUUGGCAUGUUGAUGACUGCAAGAGCAAUCACGGGCCUGGGCAUUGUAAUCAUCAACGCCCGGCACGAAGAGGCCCUUGGAAUCCUCCAGAAACUUCACGGUGAUGCCGCACCCGAAAGUGAGGACUACGUGCAGCAGGAGUUCAGCACCAUCCGGGACCAGAUCGAAGCUGAUAGCGCCCACCCAACGUCGUGGGCGUCGUUGUUCAAGGUCCGCUCGUACCGGAAACGACUCCUCGUCGGCUUCGGAACCAUGUUUGGCGCCCAAUGCACUGGCACUCAGGUCAUCAACAACUACGGACCCAGCCUCUACGCCAGUUUGGGCUUCAGCGAAACAAACCAGCUGAUCCUGGCAGCGUCAUGGAUCUCCUUUGGUGUGCUUUGCAACUACCUCAACGCCAAGCUCCUAGAUUGGAUAGGAAGAAGGCUCUGUAUGGGCAAGUAA